CCAACUCUGAUAAUUCACAAUAGAGAAGAAUGUGCAAAAAAAAAAAAAUAAACAGUCAACGUCACAUGAGAACAAACCUCUUUAAGAAGACAGACAGAGAGAGUACACAAUGGCAGAGCAUCUCUUAUAUAUAAAUUUCAUAAGGGAGCAGAGAAGAAGAAGAAGAAGAAAGUAGGAAUAGAAUAGUAGAAGAAGUAGUUGUUGGAUACAAUGAGAGCUACUAGUGCUUCAUCCAUUAUUUCCAUCCUACUUUUAUCACUAUUCCUUAGUCCCACUUUUGCUGUCCAAAAGUCUUAUGUAGUGUACUUGGGAGCUCAUUAUCAUGGACAAGAUGUCUCAUCCAUGGACUAUGACAGGGUAAAGGAUUCUCAUUAUUCAUUUCUUGGCUCAUUCUUGGGCAGGUAAUAAUUUAAAUCUCUCUCCUUUGAAAUUCUCGAAUCUCUUUUAAGAUUCAGUGUCUGAACUCUGAAGUGAUUUUACAUGAAACAGUGAAGAAAAAGCCCAGAAAGCCAUUUUUUACUCUUACACAAGACAUAUCAAUGGCUUUGCUGCAGAACUUGAUGAAGCAACAGCUCACGAGUUAUCAAGACACCCGGCAGUUGUAUCUGUGUUCUUGAACAGAGGAAGGAAAUUGCACACGACAAGAUCAUGGGAAUUCAUGGGACUUGAGCACAAUGACAGGAUUCAUGACGAAUCGUUAUGGAAGAAGGCCAGAUUUGGUGAAGACACCAUUAUUGCCAAUCUUGACACUGGUGUAUGGCCAGAGUCACCGAGCUUCCAUGACGAUGAAUUGGGACCAAUUCCAGCAAAGUGGAAAGGGAUCUGCCAAAAUGGUGAAGAUGCAACUUUUCAUUGCAACAGGAAAUUAAUUGGAGCAAGAUACUUCAAUAAAGGUUAUGCUGCAGCAGUUGGAUCUCUCAAUUCUACUUUGAACUCUCCUAGAGAUAAUGAAGGCCAUGGAACCCACACAUUGUCGACAGCCGGUGGUAAUUUUGUAGCCGGAGCAAGUGUAUUUGGAUUCGGAAAUGGAACAGCCAAAGGCGGAUCGCCCAAAGCAAGAGUGGCAGCUUACAAGGUUUGCUGGCCACCAGUGGAUGGAAAUGAGUGCUUUGAUUCCGAUAUUUUGGCUGCAUUCGAUAUGGCUAUCCAUGACGGCGUUGAUGUGCUAUCAGUAUCACUUGGAGGAGAUCCCAUAACCUAUUUCAAUGAUAGUGUUGCAAUUGGAUCAUUCCAUGCUGUGAAGCAUGGUAUUACAGUAAUCUGUUCGGCUGGUAAUUCUGGCCCGGCUCCUGGUUCCGUUUCCAAUGUUGCACCUUGGCAGAUCACAGUGGGUGCAAGUACUAUGGAUAGACAGUUUCCCAGUUAUGUUGUCCUUGGAAACAACAAGACCUUCAGAGGAGAAAGCCUUUCUCAAAAAGCAAUGACAAAGGGCAAGUUCUAUCCUAUAGUCGACGCUAAGACUGUUAAGGCUGCAAAUGCAUCAUCUAAAGACGCUGCGCUUUGUAAGCCGGGAACACUUGAUCCUAAGAAAGCAAAGGGAAAGAUCCUGGUGUGCCUUCGUGGGGAUAAUGCAAGGGUGGACAAGGGCCAACAAUCUGCUUUGGCUGGAGCUGUAGGGAUGGUUCUCGCGAAUAAUGACCUUUCAGGCAAUGAAAUAAUUGCGGAUCCUCAUGUUCUUCCGGCAUCACAGAUCAAUUACACUAAUGGACUUGCUGUCUAUGAUUAUAUUGCUUCCACAAGAUCUCCUGUUGCUUAUAUUACAUAUCCAACAACUCAAUUGGACACAAAGCCAGCUCCAUUCAUGGCGGCAUUUUCAUCAAAAGGACCAAAUACUGUGACACCUGAACUUCUCAAGCCUGAUAUCACCGCACCAGGCGUUAGUAUAAUUGCUGCAUAUACUGAAGCACAAGGACCGACUAACCAACCUUUCGAUACACGCCGAGUUCUCUUUAAUUCGGAGUCAGGAACUUCAAUGUCCUGCCCUCAUGUUGCAGGCAUAGUUGGCCUCCUGAGAACCCUCCAUCCGGAUUGGAGUCCAGCAGCAAUCAAAUCAGCAAUCAUGACAUCUGCAAGAUCCAGGGAUAAUGCUCAUGAGCCUGUGACAAAUGCAUCUUAUGUAAAGGCCACAGCAUUCAGCUACGGAGCAGGACACAUUAGGCCUAAUCGUGCCAUGGAUCCCGGAUUGGUCUAUGAUCUAACCUACCAAGAUUACCUGCGGUUUCUAUGUGCACAAGGCUAUAACGAAAGCGAGAUACAAGUUUUCACAGAAUCGCCCUUUAAAUGUCCCAAACCAAUGAGCCUCGUCGACUUGAACUACCCUUCCAUCACAGUUCCAAACCUCAAAGGUUCUGUCACAGUGACUAGAACAGUGAAGAAUGUCGGCGAACCAGCUACCUAUAAUGCUCGCAUUUAUAGCCCACCUGGAUUAACCGUCAAAGUUCUACCAGAAACUCUAAACUUUACGAAGGUUGGUCAAGAGAUGACAUUCAAGUUAACCAUAGAAGCUAGAAAGAAAGGCGCAGCUCAAGAUUAUGUGUUUGGGAGAUUGAUAUGGUCUGAUGGGAAGCAUUAUGUUAGAAGUCCUAUAGUAGUAAAGGCAUCAAGCUGAUCAGAAACAUUGUUCUUGAACGAUUUAUUCUUCCGAUUUAUAAUUCUACCAUUUACUUAAAACCAAUCUCCCAUCUGAUCAAUCAUGAGUUUCUGAUGUUCUGCCUUUCAUAUGAAACAACACUUGAGAAAUCAUAGCAGAGCAACAUCAAUCAGCACUGCGAGACCUUAACCAUUUUGGUAACUCAAUCAACCAAGGAAGAUCCACCAUUUUUUUUGCAUAAAAAUGUUCCCAAGGUGUAUUAAUCAUAGUUACACUCUGUCUCAUUCAUUUGUCGUGUACCAAUCUUUGCGAGUCAGCCUUACAACAUUGUGGUAUUUGUUAAAUUUCAUAUCUUUACCUCGAAAGGCAUAAAACUGAAGUAUAAAUACGUAUAUUUACUGAAUGAGUUCCAACAUGAAGUACUGAGUGGUACAGAUGUCCUCAUUUACAAGAUAUUCAUAAAGUAGUGACAUAAGAGGUUAGACGUACUAACUACACAAAUUAACACCAAUCUACAAAAUUUGCUGCCACAUCCACUUCAAUCAAACUAGAAGGCAUCAGGUGCAACAAAUGAAACUUUCUUUUGCUCAUCAUAAACGGAACACCGCCGCUUCAUCAUCGAUUGUAGGCCUCUCAAGGGUACUUGUUGGAGAGUUUGAACAUUGUGCCCGGAAGACCGGAAGUUAGUGUCCUUAACGAGUUGAUGAAAUCUUGCAGCCAAAAUCCUUCAUGUAUGGCAUAUGGAUGGAGAAAGGCUUCAAGUGGAACACUGGGAGAUAUUCAACACCAAACCAUUCUUGAAUUCUACAUACGGAUGUGCAAUUGGUUCUUCACCAUCUUCUACCCUCCAUCUACAUAUCACAAAAAGUCAUUUUAGUUAUGAGUACAACUGUAGAAACUACACUCUGUAUUGGAAAUAUGUUAUUCUAUAAAUGAAACACGGUUGGUAC